AUGGUCAAAUACUCCGAGGAACAAUUGCUUGAAGCUAAAGAGCUCGCAUACACGCCCAAGCCAGAGAUUUUGGAAGCGUUCAACGAGUUGGUGGAGCUGGUGAGAGAGCACAUCGCCAACGAGAAGAGAGCCAGACAAACCAACGGUGACACCUACAUUGACGAAAGAGGCAACGAGAGAUCGUACAACCACUUGAACAGAAGACGGUUGCUGAGACUGGGCCAGAACAAGCCCAAUUUGCGUAAGAAGGCUGCCGAGAUUGUCGAUGAGGACGGAUGGGCUACGUUGACCAAGCCUAAGAAAUCCUUUAGUGGAGAAGAGGGGACUGAUGAAAGAGAGAAAUUCAGAGACUCGUUGAAGGACACUGCCGUGAAGGUGAAACCCAACAACAAGAAUUUGGGCUCUUCCAAGGCAGUUGAUCCAAGAGAAACCAUUGUCGACAAACACACUAAUACUUUCAACGCUUUCGAGGCGCUUGGGGACGAUGACGAGUAA